AGGCCUCUUGAUCUCUGUCACACUACCCCCGAAACCCGUCCAAGUGAGUAUAUCCUUGACCACGGUAUUUAUUCCUACUGAGGUUCAUCUCUACACGCACCUUCCCCUUGUGCAGGCUGGUCGUAGAUUCUUUCGUGUUUGGUUUUUGUCAACUUCUACCACCCAGGUAUACUGUUACGUAGAAAUGUGAAAGCGGCCUUAUAUAUCAUUUACGAUUUGCAUUUGGCUCUGCGGAACUUGUGUUUGAUCGUUGAGCAGUCGCAGAAGUCGCCGUCGUGUCACUAUCAGUCUGAAGCUGAACGCCACAUUUUUAAUCGUCUAGCUACAUCUGUAAUUUAACACACCACCUGUAGCUGCUCUCUGUGGAGACAGAUAGCAGGUGUACGUCAUAUUCUGCUUUAAUCGCAUUUCCGAUUCAGUAUAUGCAAUCAAUAUUCACAACAUUGAUGCUGACGCAUCGUGUGGUUUUUAAUCUUUACGAGUUCACGAACUGAAAGUCGGGGAAAAGGAAAGAUGGCUUCUGUAGCUGUCCAGCUGCACUUUCUGCUUGCGCUACUGGCUCUCUAUCGCCUUGGUGCAGCAGCCACUACUAGUACCGCCACUCCCUGUACUCGACCUCUUGCCAAUUCCGCAACCAUUCCCGGGUUCUGCGCCCAGGUUUUCGCGGAUAAUCUGGACAAAGCCCGAGGUUUGUUCAUCACGGAGAACAACCACAUUCUACUGAUCGAACGCGGUAUAUGGGAGUGUCUGGAUUGAAGUCGUCAAAGUUGAAAUGAUUUCUCAUACAUAAAAUGCGACGCAGAAAGUGACUCCAUUGCAGAGGCCGCACGGGAGACAGAUUAUAGCCCUGCUAAGGGUCAAAAGUUGGACUGCUGACUAGCAUGACAGAAGGUAGCUCUUUUGCCCUAAACCGCAAGACAGACUCGCUUCCAGGACGGGGGAAAUUUGUCAUGCGCCGACUACAAACUGUAGGUCUAACACUAACUGGCAUCGAUUUUAUGCAUCGCAAAUUAUUUCAACUACUCUGGCGGUUUCGAUCCUGACACUUCCAUACGGCAACGGGAAGUCGCAGGUGACAGCCCUCUUCGACGACGACAACGAUUUCAUUGCGGAAACCAGAGUCACCCUCGCGUCCACGACAGAUCUCGGCGGCGCGACGGACCGAAACUACAUGCUCCACCACGGGCUCGCCGUGAAAGACAAUUACCUGUACGCCUCUAGCUCCGCCUUCGUGUACCGGUGGCCCUAUACCGACGGACAGCGGACGGAAAUUCCGCCCUCCAGUCGGGAAAUCGUCGUGAAAAACAUCAACGCGGACGGGCAGGGCGGCGCGCCGUUGGGGCACUGGACCCGGACCCUGGUGUUUUCCGAGGAUGGGUACUUGUACGUGUCCGUGGGGUCCAACGGGAACGUCGACGCCGAUUCGUAUCGCAGCAGAAUCCGGAGGUUCCCCUCGAAGUUUGACGCGAAUGGAAACGCAGUACCUCUUGUCCCUGGAACAUCGAAGCCGAUGGACGCACUCCCCGCUGGCUAUGAAAGCCACAGAAAAAUGGAAAUUCUUAAAGUGGAAAUAAUUUGUGAUGCAUGAAAUGCGACACCAAGAAGACUGUGCUGCAGAGAACGCAAUGGAGGCCGACAAUUGAUGUGCUACGGGUUCACAAUUGGACUGCUCAUUAGCACGAGAGAAGGGCACCCCUUUGCCCUAACUAGCAUGACAGACACGCUUUGAGUGCCCGGUAAAUUUGUCAUGCGCCGACUAGAAACGGCGCUUCGACUGGAGUCGUUUUUUUGCAUCGCAAAUUAUUUCCACUUGUUUGAGGAUCUCCAUUCUGAGGCUUUCAUACUGGCGGGUGGGAUUUCACCUCAGCGGAGGUUUUCGCAGACGGCCUGCGGAACGAGGUUGGGUUAACAGAAUGAAAAAUGCCCCCUCCCCAUAUCGAAAAGAUAAGUUGUGAUGCUGUUUUUUGACCACAAAUCGACCUGCAUUGCUAGAAGGCCAAGAGACGCAGCUGUUCCCUCGUUUGCAGGCAAUUUGUCACGCUGUUUCCCGUGUCCAGUACCAGUUGGGUUGCUUCCUGUCAUGCUGAAGACGCAAGGCUUUCCCGCGCCAGCUAGCACUACAAUCCGCAUCUCUUCCCUCUUAGCAUGACAAAGCUGAUCUGUGGCCACAAAUCUGCAUCACAGAUUUCCGCUUUGAUAUGGGGAGGGGGGGCUUUUCUUCUUGAUGCGGGUUGGCGUUCGACCAAGACGAAGUGCUGUAUGGGGUGGAGAAUAUGCAUUGCAAAAGUAUCGUACUAGUAGUAAUUCAUUGCAUUACAAAUUUGCUUAGAGCAUUACAAAUGAAAUUCGUAAUGCUGUUUUAUCUUAGACAGGAGAUUUGUCAUGCAUAAAGAGCAAUUACUAGGAGUACGAUACUUUUGCAGAGCAUAGAGAACUCCGCCGACCAAUUGGUCCGGGCGGACCUCGGUGGGGACAUCCACAAUGAGAAUCCUUACGCAUUGCAAAAAAAUCGUACUAGUAGAAAUCGCAUGACAAAUUCCCUCAGCUUGAAAAAUGGAAUCUGUAAUGCUGUUAUAGCUUACGAAGUCGAUUUGUCAUGCAUAAAACCGGAAUUAGUACGCGUGCGAUUAUACUUUUGCAAUGCAUAAUCCGGGGGAGGAGUUGAACCGGUUCCCGGAAAAGGGCUCCGACCCGUCCGUCGACGGGAAAAAUCGCCACUACGGCUAUCCGUACUGCUUUACGGAGUACAAAAUCCCCGCGGUCAUGUCCCAGCCGGCCGGGACAACCAGAGGAAGGGUUUUCGCCUGGCCGUCGUUCAUGCCGACUUAUACGGAUUCUUGGUGCAGGCAAAACACCGUGCCACCACACGUGGCGUUGCAAGCACACUCCGCGCCUCUGGGAGUGACGUUUUUACGGAGGAAAGAUCUGGAUGCGAACAUUGACAGCGUGCAGCAGCAGCAAGUGAAUCCUCAAAAUCCUCUUCCACCUCAGCAGAAUUACGGCUUGCCGCUAUCUGUUUUCGAGCACGACGCCUUUAUCGCGUACCACGGGUCCUGGAACCGAGAUGCGCCCACGGGGUACAAAGUGGUGUGGCAGAAAUUCGACAAGACGACGAAGUUGCCGAAGAAGACCCACACGCUUUCCGUGAAUUCGGCCGACGAGCCUGUGGAUUUGCUGUGGCGCGACAAUCCGGUUAGCAACGGCUGGAAGUGGCCGAACGGGUACCGACCUGUGGAUGUGAAGUUUGACCGAUUUGCGCGGCUCUUCGUGACUAGUGACGGGACGACGAAUGUGAAUGGGGGGAGCAAUCUGGUCGUGUUACUGUAUUAUGGAAAUGAUACCACUACAAUUGGAGCUACAAUUUCUUCGAGUUCGGGUGUUGAUGUUGCAGCUAGUAGUGUACAGAAUGAUCCUGGCUCGUCGUCGUCGCCGCAGAUAAGUAGUGCGCGGGGUGGUCUUCGUUCAUCUCGUGCAGGGGAUGGCUGGACCGUGGCCUGGUCUUCACAUCUGUUGGUCCUCAUGUUGAUGACGACCAACUACAUGGCCUGUACCCUCCUUUUUCCAACUUCAUUGAGUGGAAAUGCUUGGGGCGAUAGGGAUAGAAGUCUCUGAAUGAUCGACGCUGGUGCAAAACGCGCAUACACUUUGACUUUUCGAUGGAAGAUGCAACGAAUUCCAAAUUAUAAAUCCUCGAGAGAUCCGAAAAUCAAAAUCUGCAAAUGGCAGAGUGGGAAUGCAC